UACAUCACCUCCAGAAGAGCUUAUACAGUUUUAAUCCAUGGGCUUUAAAUGUGAUUUCUCAUCUUAUCGGCACUGUAGGGGCUGGCACAACGGAAACUUAAAGCCAAAAAAUUACGUGAAGAAAGGGAAGAGGAAGAAAGAAAGCGACUUGAUUUGGAAGAACAACAGUUCCAAGCAGCAAAACGGAAGGAGGCUAUUGAUCGUGCAAAAACCUACCUAUACUAUCAGACCGAACGACUAAAAGGGUUCCAUGUUUGUUGACAACUUAGAUUUUUUAAAUUCAAAUUGUACUGAAUUUCUUGAAACACGUCUGAACACAUAAAUUACUUUAAAUGUUGUCUUGCAGAGUGCACUUCUACUUACUGAGGUCCUAAAAGAAAGAGAUGCUCAAAUUGAAUUUAAAAAGUUGAAGUCAGAUGUUAAUAAGAAAAAGGAUGAAGAAAAGGAACAUGAACAUAAAGAAGCUAUUCUGAGAGAGCAAGAAAAGGCACGCCAGCAUUAUAUGAAGCAACUGGCACUACGCAGAGAUCAGCUGGAACAAAUAAAGGAGCGCAAGCAUCAGGAAGAUCUAGCCAAGCUAGAAGCCAAAAGAGAAGGAGAACAAAUAGAGAGAUUGAACCGAUUGUACCAACUGGAAAUUCAGAGAGCAAUGGAAAAGGAACAGGAAGAAAAAGCUGAACAGCAGAGGCUGUAUGAUGAAUAUGUAAAUGACCAGAAAAUUAUCAAAGCAAUAGAGGAACAAAAACAAAUGGAAGAAGAUGAUCGGAUUAAAGCUCAUUUUAAAGCAAAGGAAACUAUCGCCAAGCUGAUGAAAGAGAAAAAAGCUGAAAUGCGUAGACUAACACAGGAACGUCAGGACAAAAUUGUUAGCCAAUUAGCUGCACAAAUGAAAGAGGUAUUAAAAAGGGAAAAUGAUCGUCUUGCUAGAGACAUUAAAAAACAGGAAGCUGAAGAAGAAAAAAAACGCAAAGAGAAAGAAGCAAAAGAAAAGGCUGCCAUUGAAUCGAUUGCUGAACACAGAGCCACUGUGAUGAAGAUGAAAGUGGAAAAGGAGAGAGAGGAAAAAGCAGAGGCUAAGAAAGAACUUGAUGCGUUAAUGGAAAAGAACCGCAUCUACCUGGAAAUGGAAAAAAACAAGAAACAAAGACGACGUGAUGCCAACAUGGAAGUACAGAAAAUUCAGAUCCAGCAAAUGGCUGAAAAACAGGCGAAAAAACAGCAGGAAAAGCAAGCAGACUUGGACUACGACGCUCAGACAGAAGCUAUUGCACUUUGUAAGGAGCGUGAAUUUCAGAGCUAUGCAAAGCAAGUAAUUGAAUCAGAGUCCAAGACAACACGUCACCUGUACCCUCUUCUCAAAGCACUCAAAGAUGGAAGAGGACUUGGACACGGGCCAUCUUCCAGAGGAAGGCAAGAAAUAGCACAGGAUGAUGCUGGGACCCAGUUACCUUAUAGUUGUACUACUGCUCAAGAAACAUGAAAUAAUAUUGAGACUACACAGCAAGAAAAGGCAGAAGCAGUUUUCAUGUGGUCAAAAAAAAAUGUUUUUAAAACUUAUGGACAGAGUUGAACUGUAAAUGCUCUACAUUGAAUAUAUGCUAUGAAUCUGGAAGUCCAUUUGAAAAAAAACUUGCCAGAGAACUGGUUAUAUUCUCAAAAAUCCCCAGCUUGUGUUUCACGAAAGUUAGUUCACUAAACUUGAGACAGAAAUGCAUGAUAUAUAAUUGACCAGCAGUGCAACCUAUUCCAGCCAAAAGCUAUUACUGUUAUAUUUUUAUUAUUCAUUAUUCUAAAAAUUCACUGUCCCAGAUUUUUCAGGCCUAGGAUACAAAUUCCUAGUGCAAAAGGUCACAUUUUUCACAAGCCCACUUCCAGUAAAGUAUUCCCCAUAGUAGAAAAAACCAAAACAACUUUACACAUCUGCAGGGGAAGA